GCAGCCGAAACUCAAACAGUUGAUUUUAGCAUUCCGGUGAAAUAAGAUUGUUGGCUUGAGGAGCAAGGUUCAAUAUAUUCAAUAUUCAAAAUGAAAUUCACGAUAAUCGUAUUUGUUGCGCUUCUCUCAUUUGCAUCGGCCCAGUUUGGUCCGUUUGGUCAAAUUAUCAGGGGUAUCGAACGAUUUGAAGGUGGUCUGCAACAACAGCAGCAGCAGCAAAGCGGCUUUGGCGGUGGUCAGCAGCAGCAACAGCAGGAGGAUGGUGUCAUCUUUAGAGGUCCUUUCGGCGGCGGAGUGGAGUUCUUCCAGGAGCAACAGCAGCAGCAGCAAGGCGGUGGAGGUCAGCAGCAACAGCAGCAGGAGAACCUGUUUAACUUCUUCGGCUAAAGCUCCUUAAUAAGGAAAGUAGACAUAGACUGACCACCAUCUAUAGAACUCUGAAGCAAGACAUCACUUAAAGCCAUGAUCGUAGAGAUAAACACAGGAUAAAUAAAUAUGUUUAAAAGUACACAAUUAUAAACCAAGACAAAAUAAUGCCUUUUCAUAAAGUUUAAAUAUUUAA